CGACCGGAGAGGCGCCGCCCUUCAGAUACACCACCAGACACUCCCGCAGCUAUGUUCCUAUGCUUCCCGAACAGGGUCGUCAGAAUAGCGCGGAUGCCAUACGAGUGACGAGUAUUCCGGGCGAACAGAUCUCCAACUCAUACAACAUAUUACCCGAAGAGGCCUAUUGUAGUGCACUGGACAUCAACAGC